AUGUGGAGGUUACCGUGUGUCAGUUUGGCCCUGCUCUUAUGUGUUCAAGGUUCACUUUCUCAAAUGAAUGUUUGUGGACAGGCUCCUCUAAACACCCGUAUUGUGGGCGGUGUGGAUGCAUUUGAGGGUUCAUGGCCGUGGCAGGUCAGUCUGCACAGCUCCAACUUUGGAGGUCAUUUUUGCGGAGGCUCUCUCAUCAACAGUGAAUGGGUGCUGACAGCAGCUCACUGUUUACCUGGUGUCAGUGCAUCCGUUCUGCUUGUGUACCUGGGAAAGAGAACACAGCAAGGAGUCAAUACCUAUGAAAUCAGUAGAAAUGUCAUCUCCAUCAUCGUCCACCCCUCCUACAACAGUCAGAGCAGCGACAAUGACAUCGCUCUGCUCCGUCUCUCCUCCGCAGUCACUUUUAAUGACUAUAUUAGACCCGUGUGUCUGGCGGCCCAGAGCAGCGUCUUCCCUUCUGGCACCAGCAGCUGGAUCACAGGCUGGGGAGAUGUUCAGUCUGGAGUGAGUUUACCUGCUCCUGGGAUCCUGCAGGAGACUAUGGUUCCAGUGGUGGCUAAUGAUCAAUGUAAUACUCUUUUGGGCUCUGGAUCUGUUACCACCAACAUGAUGUGUGCUGGUUUAAUAGCGGGAGGCAAAGACACCUGCCAGGGAGACUCUGGAGGUCCAAUGGUGAGCAAGCAGUGUUUGGUGUGGGUUCAGUCUGGCAUCACCAGCUGGGGUUAUGGCUGUGCCGAUCCCAACGCACCUGGUGUUUACACCCGUGUGUCACAGUAUCAGAGCUGGAUCACAAACAACGUUGGCCAGAACCAGCCAGGAUUCAUCAUUUUCAACCCUUCAAGCACAUGCCAGUCUGUUUCUACAGACUCACCUGCUUCUACUACAUCACCUGUUUCUACUACCUCAACAACUUCUACUACCUCACGAGUGUCUGCUACCUCAAGAACAACUGCUACUUUUAGACCUCCACCCAAUCAGUCCUCAAUUUCUUGUCGUAGAAGAUGUGGUGAGAGAUUUGACAUCCGCAACCGCUGCAACUGCAAUCCUCGCUGCCGCAGAAACUGCUGUAGGGAUUAUGAAAGGCAAUGCAGUAAGUCCAAAUACACUGGCAACUGUUUAUCAUUUGUACAUACUAAAAAAGAAUUUGAAGAGGAUGACAAAAAAGGAGGAGGAGAAUUAAGAGAAAAGAAGUGGGCAGAGUCUCAAAGGACCAAAUUAAACCCCAGCAUCCAAUCUGCUUGUGAACACAGGGACUGUGUGAAGAUGUGGAGAUUAACGUGUGUCACUUUGACCCUUCUCAUGUGUGCCAAAGGUUCACUUUCUCAGCUGAAUGUUUGUGGACAGGCUCCUCUAAACACCCGUAUUGUGGGUGGUGUGAACGCACCUGAUGGGUCGUGGCCGUGGCAGGUCAGUCUGCACACUUCUGGACGUCAUUUUUGCGGAGGCUCCCUCAUCAACAAUGAAUGGGUCCUGACAGCAGCUCACUGUUUACCUGGUGUCAGCACGUCCAGUCUGCGUGUGUAUUUGGGAAGGAGGACACAGGAGGGAGUCAAUACCCAUGAAAUCAGUAGAAAUGUGAGAACGAUAAUCGUUCACCCCUCUUAUGACAGCAACACAAACAACAAUGACAUCGCUCUGCUCCGGCUGUCCUCCACAGUCACCUUUAAUGACUAUAUUAGACCCGUGUGUCUGGCGGCCCAAAGCAGCGUCUUCAGUUCUGGCACCAGCAGCUGGAUCACAGGCUGGGGAGAUGUUCAGUCUGGAGGGAGUUUACCUGCUCCUGGGAUCCUGCAGGAGACUAUGGUUCCAGUGGUGGACAAUGUUCGAUGCAAUGCUUUGCUGGGUUCUGGAUCUGUUACCAGCAACAUGAUGUGUGCUGGUUUAACACAGGGAGGCAAAGACACCUGCCAGGGGGAUUCUGGCGGUCCAAUGGUGAGCAGGCAGUGUUCAGUGUGGGUUCAGUCUGGUAUCACCAGCUGGGGUUAUGGCUGUGCUGAUCCCAACUCACCUGGUGUUUACACCCGCGUGUCUCGAUAUCAGAGUUGGAUCACCAACAGAAUUGGUCAGAACCUGCCAGGAUACGUCACCUUCAACCCCCCGACCUCAUGCUCCUCUGCAAGCCUAACCUCAACCUCCUGUAGGGGGAGAUGCAAUGAGAAGUACAACAGUCGCUUUCGCUGCAACUGCAAUACUAACUGCAGUAUAAACUGCUGCAAAGAUUACAGACAGCGCUGUGCCAUGUGAGGUAUUUCAUACUUCCAUGGAUUACAUAUGAUCACAGGCUUAUAAUCACGUCACUUGCACAUAAAUGAAAUGAUUUUUAUCUGCUUGUUUGGAGAGGAGAUUUUACUCGAGUGCCACUUUGGAUGCGUUGCACAGUCAGAAAUGAACACAGUCAAAGAGCUGCUGCACUGACACAUACUCAGGGGUGUAAAUGCAUAUUGUUCAUCUUCAACAUAUGUUUAACAACAGCACUUACCUCACUCCAUUAGUAGAAUCCUUUUCUCUUUCGUUUUUCUCUUUCUAGCUUUAGCGUUUAAUUGUCUAGCAUUAAUUGUAGGCACAGGCAACUUUUCCCCCUUCAUUUAGCAUUUGCAUUUAAUUUAAUAUAAUUAUCUAAUAUAUAAAACUGAUUUUCUCAUUUGUGAUUUCUGCUGACAAAUACGUGUGGACACUUUAAUUUUUAUGUCACACAAUACUUCAUUGCAUUGUCUUUUAAUG